AUGUCCCUCAAAGUGCCAAAGGCCGGCGGGCCAGAGCUCUUCAAGGCCGGAUACAAGCACCUUUCGGGUCUCGAAGAGGCGGUCCUCCGCAACAUCCAGGCGGUUGGCGAGCUGAGCGAGAUUGUGCGCACCUCGUUUGGUCCAUAUGGGCGUAACAAGCUCAUCAUCAACCACCUCGGGCGGCUGUUUGUGACAAAUGACGCGGCGACUAUUAUUCGCGAGAUCGAGGUGGCGCACCCCGCAGCCAAGCUGCUGGUGAUGGCGUCACACUCGCAAGAGAGCGAGAUGGGAGAUGCGACAAACCUUGUCCUCAUCCUCGCCGGCGAGCUGCUCAAGCGCUCCGAGCAUCUGCUCACCAUGGGCCUGCACCCGUCCGAGGUUAUCCAGGGAUACGAGAUGGCGCUGGAGAAGGGGCGUGAGGAGCUUGAGACGCUCGUCUGUAAGACGGUCGCCUCAUCCCCGCUCCCAUCCAAGAUCGAGCUUGCUGCCGCGAUCGCACCGUCCCUCGCGUCCAAGCAGCCCGGACAUGAGCACUUCCUCGCCGACCUCGUGGCCGAUGCGUCGUUGACUGUUAUGCCGAAGAACCCGAAGGACUUCAAUGUUGACAGCGUGCGCGUGGUCAAGAUCCUUGGUGGUGGCAUCGACUCGUCGCGUGUCGUCCGCGGCAUGGUCUUCCCGCGUGAGCCCGAGGGUAUCGUCAAGAGCGCCAAGAAGGCCAAGGUCGCCGUCUUCACCACUGCACUCGACAUUGCCCAGACCGAGACCAAGGGAACAGUUCUGCUCAAGAAGGCCGAGGAGCUGCUCGACUUCUCGCGCGGUGAGGAGCGCCAGCUCGAGGGGUACCUGAAGGAGAUUGCCGACAGCGGAGUCAAGCUCAUCAUCGCGGGAAGUGGCGUCGGCGACCUCGCCCUGCACUACCUGAACCGCCUGGGCAUCGCCGUUGUCAAGGUGCUGUCCAAAUUCGACCUGCGCCGUCUCUCGCGCGUCUUUGGGGCAACGCCUCUUGCGCGCCUUGGCGCACCGACGCCCGAGGAGGCCGGCAUGGUGGACGUGUUUGAGACGAUCGAGAUCGGCGGUGACCGUGUCACCGUCUUCCGGCAGGAGGAGAGCGGCAAGACGCGCACCGCGACGGUGGUGCUGCGCGGCGCGACGAUCAACCACCUCGACGACCUGGAGCGCAGCAUCGACGACGGCGUGAACAAUGUGCGCAUCCUGCUGCGCGAUGGCCGCCUCGUCCCCGGCGCGGGCGCGAGCGAGAUUGAGCUCGCCGUCCGCGUCGGCAAGUACGGCGAGGUGACGCCGGGACUGGCACAGCACGCGAUCAAGCGCUGGGCCGCCGCGCUCGAGGUCGUGCCGCGCACGCUGGCCGAGAACGCGGGCCUGCCGGCCGAGGACGUCGUGUCGGAGCUGUAUGCCGCACACGUCGACCAGGAGGUGGAUGCGGGCGUGGACAUUGAUGCUGAGCGCCCGCCUGCGGUGCGCCGCACGGCCGACCCCAAGGCGCCCGUGCUGGAUUCGUACGCUGCCAAGGACUGGGCGAUCAAGCUCGCGACCGAGGCUGCGAUUUCCGUGCUGCGUGUCGACUCGAUCAUCGUCGCCAAGCAGGCGGGUAUCGCGCCACCGAAGCAGCAGGGGCACUGGGACGACGACUAG